AUGAUUCAAGAGCGUACGGGUAAGUUUUUCCCUGAAGAUCAUCGCAAGCCCUUGGCUGAAAAAUUCAGGCCCAAGUGUCCCCAAGCUGUGACCCCGAGUCGACUUGAAGAAGUCCUCAUCGGAUUGGCUCCAAAGCAUGUACCGCAAAACGCAGAGGAUAUAUUCGACGAAUUCGAAUGUCUCAAUCUGAAUGUCACGAUACCCCCGGGAGCCCACGAAGAAAAUGAUUUCCCAGUUCUCGUAUAUAUCCAUGGAGGUGGAGGAUUCUCAGGCUCGAACUCCGACUGGUGGUGUGACCCUUCUGGGCUAGUAAGCAAGAGUAUAAAUAUGGAAAAGCCAGUUGUGGUGGUUACGAUCAAGUUUGUUCACCUCCGGUCAUCCACGAACUCAGUCGCUGACUCCGGUAGCUACCGUUUAUCAGCGCUUGGAUAUCUUGGAUCCGAGGAGUUGAGGAAGGUAAAUGGUGAGAAUAAUGGUGGGAAUUAUGCAUUUCAUGAUAUGCAUCUAGCCCUCGAGUGGGUACACAAGUACAUUGGGCCUUUUGGAGGAUCAACCUCAGAUAUCACAAUCUACGGCGAGUCAUUUGGUUCAUUGGGAGUCGAGAGUCUCAUCCAUUCGGAGCUGAAUCCGCGAUUUUCAAAAGCAAUCAUGCAGUCUCACGUUCUUGGAGCGCCACUCCUGACCAAUCCUGAAACAAUAGCUUCCAAGUCCGCCACCUACGAGAAGGUCAAGAGUUUUCUGCGUGUACAGACACUCGAAGAGCUGAGGCUGGUCAAAUGGCAAGAUCUCUUGAAAGCAUAUGCAGCAUCUGAUCCUCGAGCUGGACUUCCCCAAGUUCCUAUGAUCGAUGAUAUUGUGCUUUCUGCAGACUGGCAAGACAACUACAACUUUAGUCGUGGACGUAACGGUAGAAUACUUAUUGGCACUACUGGAUACGAAGGAGCUGUUAUUGAGGCUGUUUUGGCAGGUGCUCCAAAAGCCGAAAGCCCUCCAACUGCCAAGGCUUUGAUUAGCUCUGCUCAGGCUGCUUUACCUGAUGCUGCUGUCGAGAAAAUCUUCUCUCAAUACGGCAUCUUCGAAGAUACCACAUUGCUAGAAGUCCGAGCAAGUCUUUUCACCAUGGUCGAAGAUUUAGGGUGGUACAUCCCAACUUCUGAGCUCGUCGCGAAACUUAGAAGUCAAAACCAGCACCACAAAACGACAGUCUAUCAAUACUCUUUCCAGCACCUCAACCCAUUUGAAGGAAUUUUCAAAGGAAAACCGGUCCAUGCUCUAGAUCUAGCGUAUCUGCAUGGGUCCCCUGAGAUGUUCAUUGGGACUGAGCAGACAAACAUGGAGUUGCAAGCUCAAGAAGUACUCAAGGGGAAUUGGAUCCUCUUUGCUGAUGGUGAAGAUAUGUGGGAUAUGAAACAGAUGAUGGUUUUCGGUCCGCACGAUCUUGGUGGAGCUGUGGACAUGAUCACUUUCUUGAAGGAGAAGCGACAAAGUGAUCGUUGGGAGUCGUUCAAGGCACUGUCGUUUGCUGAUAAGGAGGUCCUAACUGGGAUCAUUUUUGGGCACCUUUCGCAGCUAAAUGAUGUGUGAAGAGAGUACCUAGCGUAGUCUUUCUCACUGGAAGAUGCUCCUACUUGAUGAGGCAAGCAAGAUUCUGUGCAUGCUUCGUUGUCUGCUUAUUUUGGAAUGGCUUUGUCUGGAGGACCCGAUAGGUAUGCUGGCUGCUUACUUCAGCAGUUUUAAGCAUUUGUUGCUGUUGUUUUCAAUGGUUCGGUUAAUCGUGUCGGUGGGAUUUUCUGUAGGGCUGUGUUAUUGGAC